ACAACGUAUCAUCUUAAGCCCGAUCAUCAGCUUGAUAUGCACAAUGCGCGUCUUCGCGAGUUGAGGCAAUGCGCCACAGAACACAUACGCAACUAUUUGGCGACAUUAAAUCAACAUGCACCAAAGCUCAAUGCGCAGGCAACUAAGCUGUGGGACCUGUGUCGACGGCAACGACUUGUAGCUGGUGUUAAUGACGGUGCAGCUGCAGCCCUGCUCGUAGCGUGCCAAGAUGCUUACAGUCCCAUAUGUGAGACAAUAGAGCAACUUAAGGAUAUUGUAAAGGAGCUGGUCAGCGUUGUAGCAGAAUACGAACAGAAACAGCCGACAUGCAUGGAAGAGAACUUGUGGUUAGCAGAUACUCUCAGUGUGCUGCAUACGCAUCUAAAGUACUUGGAGCUACAAUCGGAUAAGCUUCAGCCAUUGCUGGCAGAUGACACUAGUGUGCAUCAGUUUAAACAGGAGCUGCAGCUGGUCGAGGCAAGCAUUUCAAUGGGUCUUGCACAAGCGGAGCGACAAUUCAAGCUCUCGGGCUAAUACAUCUUCACAUCCAGAUUGUAAAUAGACUUAUAGGCGUUGUAAUAAAUUUAUUGAUUCUCAAUUCGUCCACGCUGCAUGAAUGAAUAUUUACCAGUGGCUCCCACCAGCUGCAAAUGCGAUUUGCAAUCACGAAGCACAAAACAAAAA